GAAAAAGAUAUCAUGCCUUUUGACCCUAAUUUCCCUAUUCUGCAACCAGACUCCCCAAUUCUGUGUCUUUCACUCUUAACUCUUGCCAAUUCCCAUCCCAAACCAUUCCUUCCUUCACUGUAAACGCUACCAUUGCAAUCGUAACUCUCAUCAAAUGGUUUCUGAAAAGAUCGAACCUCUAGGUUUUGUUGUUGAUAAGUUCAAAGGUUUCACAAAAUCCACACAAGACUUUGCCAAUGGCGUCCUUCACAACAUUGGAUUAUCCAGGCGUCGCCAUCCGAUUGAGAUCUUGAAGCGGUUGCAAAGGGACGCGUUUUCAGAUAUCAUGAAGCUCAGGGAUCGACAGGACAAAGUGGAGCGAUUACUUUCCUUCAAGUCAUCAAAGGUAAGUCCACUAGCUGAAGCCAGCACUCUUGUAAAAGGAGAAAUAGAAAUAUUAGGUCUUCUAUUGAUGAUCGAUAGAAUUCAUGAAGAUAAUCAAGAUGCCAUUAGCAGAACUGGAAUCAAAACUGGUAUAACUUCGAAGUUUACAUUCGAAACCACCAUUGGAGAAAAGGAUACACUAAAAGCAGAGUUUGUAGCAAGUGAAAGAGGGCAAGUUAAUGGCUCAAAUACUCCACUUUCAUUAGCAAAGGUGGUUUUCAAUGCAAAGAUCAAUGAGUGGUGUUCUUUAACUAGUGUAUUGUUGGGAGGUAGAUGUAGUGAUUUGCAGAAACAUGGAGUUACUAGUGGACCUCCAUUGUUAAAUCAAGAGCUUGGUAGCGGUAUAAGUUUAACAAUGACAAAAUCUAAUGUUAUUGGUACGUUAGCUCAAUUUGUAGGGACUACCCAUUGGUUAACCACUUUCGGGCAGGUUGUGUAUCAACUUUCGGGCAGCACAAAGGUGUUACUUUUGGGUAUAAACCAAGUGCCCAAAUUUUUAGGUCAGGAUGGUUCUCUUGGUCCAAUGUGUCUACCUAUUGGUGUUUUUAGACGUGAUGGAAUUCGUAGGGAGGGGGGAAGAUGUGUUGCUCUGGUACUUGAGUCAGAACUUGACUCAAGUACCAGAGUGGGAGGGUGGGUUGAAAUGAAUAGAUUAGAUACUGACACUACUGACACUGACAUUGUACCGUGUGGUACAAGAUGGGGUGUGUCAGUAUCUGAUCUACCUGACGAUGAUUUUGGGUGGGGGUUGAGGGUGGGUGGGUCUGCUUUUGAGCGGUUUGAGGUUGAAGUGUUUUCGAAGAUGAAUUUGGGAGAGAAAUAUUUGUUGCAGCCAUCGCUUGUGUUUGUGGUAGAUGGUUCGACUAAGUUUCCAGCAUUGAUGAUGAAGUCUAGUUGGUCUUUUUGA